UUCUACUCGACAAUGCUGGGCACGGACGAAGGCCGCUCGAAUCUUCCGGAGCACGAGUCUACCCAGGUAGUUCCUCAUGACUAUUCCGCCCUUCAACACGGCAAAUAUUCAUCGUCCGACCAGUAUCAUGUUCAUGCGAACGGGAACGGUGUCGAAAGUCAUCAUUCUCGCAGCGGGCACCAUGAGCAGUAUUCCUAUUCCGAAGCGGCCGAAGAACAACACCGUCACUCGCAGCAGACGCAUCCGCGUUCUGCUGCUGCCCCCAC